CACAUCGGCAAAGUUCCAAAACCAUCACCCAUUUUCUAUGGUCGUUUAAAAUUUAAGCGGCCAAAUUCAUUUAGAACCAAAAAUACUAAAAAAAACAAAAAAAUAUCACAAAAUUUAUGAAAAAAUAAUAAUCACGAUUCACGAGGGAGAAGAAGAAACCCAACAAUGUUUUGUUUAUUCUUCACGACUUAACGAACAACAACACUAUAAUCUAAAGUCCUUUCAAAAUCAAAUUAUCCUAAACGCGCUUUUGAUCCCUUAAAAUAAAUGCAGCACUCUGUUUGGUUGCAAUACAAAAUCUAACCCACAUUGGAAAAUCUAAUCUACAUUGUAAAAUCUUCAUCCAAACAAAUCCAAACCUUCCUCAUUCAGAUCUCGCCGUUAGUAUAGAAUCUGACGGUUGAGGUUGAUCGUUGUUGAAAAUGGAUCAGUUGUCGGCGAUCAGCGAGGAUCUGGCGGAGAUCGACGGACGCGUCGCCGACAAUUUCCGCGCUCUAUCAAAUGGAUUUCAGAAGCUGGAGAAAAUUAAGGAUGCGAGUAGAAAGAGCAGGCAAUUGGAAGAACUCACCGAGAAAAUGCGAGAAUGUAAAGGGCUUAUCAAAGAGUUUGAUAAAGAAGUCAAAGCUUUGGAGGCUAGUUUUGAUAGAGAAACAACCAAAUUUUUGAAUGAGAAAAAGCAGUCAAUGAUCAAAGAAUUGAAUUCAUAUGUUGCUUUGAAAAAACAAUACGCUUCAAAUAUUGAGAAUAAGCGAAUUGAACUCUUUGAGGGGCCCAAUGAAGGUGACACAGAAGAAAAUGUCUUGCUAGCUUCCGCAAUGUCAAAUGAACAGCUAAUGGAUCAUGGGAAUCGGAUGAUGGAUGACACAGAUCAAGCCAUUGAGCGGGGAAAAAGGAUUGUUCAAGACACGGUAAAUAUUGGUACUGAGACUGCUGCAGCUCUUAAGGCACAGACGGAACAAAUGAGCAGAGUUGUCAAUGAGCUGGAUUCUAUCCAUUUUUCUAUAAAGAAAGCAUCUAAAUUGGUCAAGGAAAUCGGUAGGCAGGUUGCUACUGACAAGUGUAUUAUGGCAUUACUGUUCCUCAUCGUCAUUGGAGUAAUUGCUAUCAUUAUUGUAAAGCUUGUACAUCCAGAGAACAAGGACAUUCGCGACAUUCCAGGAUUAGCUCCUCCUGUUGUCACGAACAACAGAAGACUGCUUUGGAAUCACAGUUGAUUAUUUUAAGUGAAGAUUGUGAUGAACUUGGACGAGGGACAAUUGUUUUGGGAACGCACACAAGGAUUAAAAUGAACAUUGUGAUGAUCUCAUCAUAUUGAUUUUGUGCUCUUUGGUUUGAUGGCGAUGACAAUGGAUGCAGCUUUUGCUCAAAACAAUGUUGCCAAUAAUUGUGUUGUUACAUAAUAGUGGAUUGGUUGGUUGACCUGAAGCAUGAGAGAACAUUAUUGAUCUAAGCCUGUAUGUUUAAUUAUUUUUCUUGAACUGAACAAUUUCUACUCGACGGAUUUUUAUCUGUCGAAGCAUAGCGAAAGCUAAACAAACGAAUCCUCUUGGAUUGUUUGUUGUUUGUAUUGUUGUCAAUCUUGUAAUAUACAACAGCUUUUAUUUUUUUGUGUACCGUUCUUACAAAAAUACUUGAUAUCAUAAGUAUUAUUGAUUAUAAUUUGACACCCUA